AUGUGGUCGUGCAUAAAAGACUUCUUCACCUAUGAAACCACUAAAUCGGUGGUUGUGAAGAGCUGGACCAUUGGCAUCAUCAAUCGUGUUGUCCAACUUCUGAUAAUUACAUACUUUGUUUGUUGGGUAUUUCUCAGCGAGAAGGCCUAUCAGAUAAGAGACACGGCCAUCGAGUCCUCAGUGAUGACCAAGGUGAAAGGUUUCGGUAUCUACAACAACAGGGUGAUGGAUGUGGCAGACUACGUCACUCCCACGCAGGGGGCCUCGGUCUUCUGCAUCAUCACAAAACUGAUCACCACGGAGAACCAGGUCCAAGGACUCUGUCCUGAGUCGUGCGAGAUUAAAGGGUGGUGUCCGGCCGAGAUUGAUACCAUCAAGACGACGCCUAUGAAGGAGGUCGAGAACUUCACAAUAUUCAUCAAAAACAGCAUCCGCUUCCCCACUUUCAAUUACACCAAGGGGAACUUCCUUCCUUCAAUCAACAAAAGUUACAUUCAGUCCUGUAACUUCGACAUGGUCAACAACACCUACUGCCCCAUCUUCAGAGUGGGAGACGUCGUCCGCUACGCGCAGCAGAACUUCUCUGAUCUGGCCGACAAGGGAGGCGUAAUUGGAAUAAAGAUUGGCUGGAUGUGCGAUCUGGACAAGUCAGAUGACCAGUGUAAACCUUCGUACUCGUUCACCAGAUUGGAUGCAAUGUCACAGAAAAGUGUGGUGUCACCUGGCUACAACUUU